UUUAGAUGUAAAGGCAGAACAAAACGACCUCAAUGCGCACAUUUUACAAGAAAGUCCUUCAGCUGAGAACCUUAUCAUGGGCGCAGCCAUUUUUGUUUACAAAUGCCUUAUUCAAGACUUUAGUUUCGUAUCUGAAACUAACUUGGAAUAAAGUGCUAGCUCUAUCGUUGAGGAUUUGGUGUCCAACAAUGUACGCCACAUUGUGGAGGAUGUUUUCCCAUCAUCCAAAGAUAAGAAAGGGACACCACAAAAGUUAAGAAUACAGGUGACCAUCAGAAAUUUUGUUUAUGAAGUUCUAAGUCCAGAUGGCCAGGUUGGUAUGAGGAAUAUUAAGUUAUUAUCAAGUCAACUUGAGAUCAAAAUCCAAGAUGGCCGCUGCAGGUUUAGUUGUUUGGUGCAAUGUUUGCAUAUUUCUUUUGGCUUUGCUAUCUGAAAGGACUUGUUCUACACAAGAUAAAGAAUUUUCUCCCGGUGCUACGGAGUCUGACGCCCUCAAGUUACGAAAUGAAGGAUACACAAGUAUUAAAACUCCUUCAUAUUCUAAUGAGGACGAGUGGACGUAUGCAAAUUCAGGAGAGCAAGUUGAUCCUAAGAAGAUGCUAAUGGAAGGAAUUAACCUGCAAUGGGAGGCACGGAAACUUAUUUCUGCCUUUAGGAACUUAACCAACGAGGAAAUGGGAGUAACAUACCUGCAAGGAAUUUAUGACUCACUGUCCUAUGAUACCACUGCAAUAAGAGAAGAAGAAGUCAUUAAAAAGCUUUCUAAGAAGUUAAAAACCAAGUUCCAGAAUUAUUUAGACAUCCUGGAUGCUGUCAAGAAGAGAGUAGAAAACCUGUACAAUUUCCAUUUGCUACGCCCUAUCACACAGGCUUUUGACUGUUGUAAUUUGACUGAUUAUGGCUCAAGCCCAGAGAACCCAUUUUAUACAAACAUGUCUAAGCUAGUCACAUGUGAUUUUCUCCCGCCCCACUUGUCAAAAGAUGCUUUCAAUCCAGGAAGAAAUCUCACAGAAGUUUUCAAAGGAAAUCAGAAUGGCAACCCCCAACUAAAAUGGCAGCUUAUGUGGCAGUAUUUUAUCUCAGCCCAAGGUGUUCACAAUGAGUUUCCUGCACAUGGAGUAAGGGAAAACUGUCCUAAGUUCUAUGAUGCUAGACACAGGGACGUAUAUGUGAACACCUUACAACCCCAGACUAAGAAUGUGGUGUUGGUUCUGGAUCAGGGGAACUCCCUUAGUUCUAACCAGCUGAAGACAGUGAAAGCAGUGGCUAAACACCUGCUAGGGUCCCUGUCAGAGCAUGACCGAGUUGGGCUGAUAGGAGUAUCUAAUACAAUCGGACAUCCUCGGGAUGAUGAAGAUCCGUGUGUGUCCAACAAACUGGUGCCUUUCACACUUGAAGUAAAAUACUACUUUGAAAAGUUUAUCACUGAAGCUGUUAAACAAGAUGCUCCAACUAACCACUCCCUGGGGCUGGAGACAGCGUUCAGAAUGAUCAGAAGUACACUGCAAGAGCAUGAAAAUCAAACUAUAAAGGAAGAUGCAAUGAUAAUGUAUAUCAGCAGAGGUCUGCUGACAUCAUUAACUGAUGCCAAAGAUGUGAUGGAGGUGAUAGCAGUGGAAAAUGGGAAACUAGGCAAUAAGGUGGUCAUUAACACAUAUGCCGUCAUUGGUGAUGGCAAACCAGUGAUGUUUGAGAAAAGCUUCUUGGAAAAUGUGGCUAACCAGAAUUUUGAGAAGUACGAUGUCCAGAGUAGGCAUCCACUGCCAGUUAGGCCUGGGCAAAGCCUCUCUGUGAACACCACUGACUCCCUGAGCACCUCAGUGGGUACCUUCUUCCAGGCCUUUAACAGGUCAAUAGAGGACAGGCCACGGUUCUCACUGCCCUAUGCUGACCAGACAGGGGCAGGCCUUGUCAUGAGCAUUAGUCAGCCAUGUCUACACCAGGGGAAGGUGUUGGGUGUGGCAGGGGUGGAUCUUCACUUUGGAGAGAUGGUGGAAGACAUCACAUACUUUCAGCAAGAAGUAUUUGCCUAUGCAUUUCUCCUGGAUCAGCAUGGUUACAUGGUGAUGCAUCCAUCCCUGUCCCGUCCCAUCUUCACCAAGUACCAGCCUAUGCACACAGAUGUCAGCCACUUUGAAAACUAUGAGGGCUUUGAGAGGGUGAAGCAUAUGAUUUUAAGUGCCACAGAGGGCAGGACCAGUCUGACAGUACACGCCAAGGAAAACACACAGUCCAACCUCUCCCUGCUGCCUGAUGGCAAGACUGUCAUCUACAGAUAUCUGUGGAAAAGGAUCGAGAAUACACCUUUCAUCCUUGUUCUGAAGGUUGCAGUGGAUUCUGAGUAUUCUGGUGUAACAAAUGCUCCAGUGCCCAACUCGCUGCUAUAUCACCGCCUAGAUUUGAUUCCACAUAAUACCUGCAUGCACCUCAAACAGCUGGCUACACUAGAAGCCAGCACUGUGUUCCUCUCUGCAUCAGCUUUCACCAGUCCCUUUGAACAUCUCAAUAAGCCAGAGAAUAAGAAAGAUGCCAAGGAAGUGGUGCAGAGUUAUGUGGCAUAUCUUGGAGAUGAUACAAAACUGAUAGCUAAUCCAGGAUUAAAGCCUGAGGUAAGAGAUGAUGUGGCUGCAGUGUCCAGAAUCAACUCACAGUGGCUGCAGCAGUUCAAGAAGAGCAAGCUGAAUGAUUACAUUGUCAGAAGAUAUGUGGCCACCCCAAGUGGAGUGUUUAGGCUGUUUCCAGGUGGUUUGAUAGAGAAGAAAUUUGACCCAACCAAGAGACCCUGGUAUGAGCGUGCCAUUGAGAACCCAGGCAGUGUGGUGCUGACAGAGCCCUACCUAGACGUGUAUGGAGCAGGCUAUAUAGCCACCAUAAGUCACACAGUAUAUGAGGGGAGACCUGGUGGCAAGCACAGUUCCUCUGACCGUAUAGUAGCUGUGAUGGGUAUUGACAUCACCAUGCGGUAUUUCUACAAGCUGCUCAGGGAGGCCAUGCCACACUGUGAGGACAAGAAUAUAAGGUGUUUCAUUCUGGACAAUAAAGGCUACCUGGUGGCUCAUCCUGGCCUCAUAGAACCCAGUGAGAAUGGACCAGAAGAACAGAGACACAUCACACGUAUGGAGUCCCUAGUAGCCAAUGAUAUACUACAUCACAAAGGAUUUGUGGAGAAGAAACUUUGUAACAGCUUCAGUGAUAGGACCAUUCAGAGAUAUUACCAUUUUAACAAAAACAUCACUGGUGUGUUGACAAAUAUGAAACAUGGGGAACAUUGUGUAAAGUAUCAGAUAACUGCCAUCCCUUGGUCUAACGCCUUCCUUGGUAUUGUUAACCAAACAUGUAACAUGAUGAAAGCUUUCUGUCCAUGCAGUGUGGUUGAUCGGAAAUGCCUGAACUGCAAGCGUAUGGAGCAGAGUGAGUGUGAGUGUCCCUGUGAGUGUAAACUAGAGAUGGACUUCUGCACUGGGGACCUGCUGAGUGAUGAAGACAGUAACCCUAGCUGUCCGCGGCAUGCAGAGCCUGUGUCCCUGGUCACUAUCCCUGAGGAGGUGAAGGCCAAACUGCACCAGUGUGUGCCCACCAACUGUGGGGACAGGAAGACUGAAAAGGACUGUUUUGGUGUCCUUAACUGUGAAUGGUGUGUGAGGGAGAAAGACUUCAACACCCUGCUGAAGAAGCCAUUUUGUACCAAUCAAAAUGUCUGCUUUGGUGGUGUGCUGGGAGCUGCCACUCCUUAUGGUGAUCAAGUCAGAGUGGUAACCCAGGAAGAUGAAAGUAUAUUAGGUAAGACCACCCCUGUGGGUCCAGUAGCAGGGGGGAUCAUGGGUGUGUUCCUGGUCCUAGUCCUGGGGAUCUACUGCUACCGUCACCAUGUCCACCGCACUGGUCAUCAGUAUGUCACUGCAGUGCCAGACACUCAGGUCAGGAUGUCACAGCUGGACAAUGAACCUGAGGAGCUUGAACCUGAAGAGAUUGGCACAGGUCACACCAACAUAGUCUUAGCAACAUUUGACACACCUGCCAGUAUUUCUCCAUAUAGAGUGAACCCUAACUACAGACGACCUCCAGCAGGGGGCGAUAGUGAUCACGGCUAUAGCACCAUGACUCCACAGGAUGACAGUGAACAGGCCAGCAUGACCUGCAUUGAACCUCUGAUUACAAACAAAGACAGAAUAAACAAAUACAAAGCACAGCAAUAUAUUGGGACGAGAUUACCCACAAUCCCUCCGCCUCCUCAGUCUGCUCAUAGGCGUAGUCGCAGCACCAGCAGAAGUCCUACACCAGCACAGCAAGGAGGGACUUUGUUACCGGACGAUAUUUGUAAGCCUCCAGUUAGUGAACAGACAAUACUACCUCAGGAUCCACACUGCGUGAUAGCUCCCGUCACAGUGCACAUGGUGGAUACACAUUAGCUCCAACCACAGUGCAUCUGAUGGAUACACAUUAGCUCCUACCACAGUGCAUCUGAUGGAUACACAUUAGCUCCUACCACAGUGCCUCUGGUAGAAACACAUUAGCUCCAACCACAGUGCAUUUGAGAGUUACACAUUAGCUCCUACCACAGUGCAUCUGAUGGAUACACAUUAGCUCCAACCACAGUGCAUUUGAGGGUUACACAUUAGCUCCUACCACAGUGCAUCUGAUGGAUACACAUUUGCUCCAACCACAGUGCAUCUGAUGGAUACACAUUUGCUCCAACCACAGUGCAUCUGAUGGAUACACAUUUGCUCCAACCACAGUGCAUCUGAUGGAUACACAUUAGCUCCAACCACAAUGCAUAUGGAGGAUUUUUUUUUUUUUUUUUGGGGGGGGGGGUUAUUGGAAAGAAAGUUGUCAAAAUUGUUGAGACCCAUUUGGAAAAGAUGGCCUUAUGAAAAAACAUUCAUUUUAGGAAAAAAGUUAAUGUGCCUGGGUCUCAUUAUUUUCACAGUAGGCUUCAUUAUGUGCCUUAGUAAAGAAUCUUUCAAAAUGGUUUUCCCUUGAUAAAGAAAUCUUGGCCAAAUGCCUGUUCUUGGAGAAAAAAUGUUUCAUUCUUGAUCACGUUCUUCACAAAGUUGAAAUCAUACUUUGAAGUACACAGAGAUUCUUAAUGGUGGUAUUGUCAGUUGAAGAUGUAGUCUUGGAAUAUAUUCAAAGUAUACAGACCCUAUGUAAAUCAUAGUGCCAUAUGGAAUCAUUUGAUAAAAAUGUGUCUGAUUUUACGAAGUGCCUUGCAGAGGAAGUGUGUGAACAAAUUGACUGAAGUGCAUGGGUUCUUUUAGGAAGUUAUGAGUUGCUCUGUAGCAUUUGUCUUAAAUCAGAAUGACUUUUAAGGUUGGCAGUUAAUUUUUAAAGAGAGCAUCACCAGCUGUCCAUGUUUUACAUUUAUUCAACCAGCAUUAGAAAUUAUCCAUAAGUUCAUAACUGGCAGAUAACUACAUAAAAUGAUUUUAAUUAUGAUUCUUUUUAUAAUGUGUCUGAAGCAUAACUUAAUUAUGUAGUCCCAUUAUGUCUUAUAUUGUGUAUUGGCUGUUGAAAAUGAUCAGCAGCAUUUUUGUAAAAAGUUUGUACAUAAUGUAGCUGAAAAUUAUAGUUUCUAUUUUAUUUACAGUAUUUGUAUCGGCGGUAGUUUUACAGUAUUGCAUAUACAGGUGUUGCUAUUUACAUUUUAUAUACAUACAUGCUAACAUGUUAACUCAUCUGUAUUAUGUGCCCUUCUUAGAAUGUGCUUCAACUACCAUGUAGUUUUGAUAUGUUCUUUAUAUCAUAUUGGAGCCGUUUGAGUGAAAACAGAUCGUUUAAACUUUAUCAAAUUAAUGUAUGAAAGAAGUCUUACUCAAGGCCAAUAAACUCCUCGAAUUUUG